AUGCAUAGCCUUACGCACUUCUUGCACAAACAUAACUCGCGGGAUCCCACUCCCCCUAUAGAGAAGGAGGAUAGCACAGAGAGUUGGUACUCAUCAUUAAGUGCGCCUGACUCACGCAGCUCCAUUCCAAAUGAACACGCCAAGGGGAUCCCCAUUAAUCAACGAAGGAAUAGCGGCCACCAUCGAAGCGGGAGAUCGCCACUCGAAUUCGCGUCCAGUCCCCGCGACCGGUACCCCAAUUUUGCCAGCUACUUCCGCGACGUUAUGGAGGGACGCGGCUCGCCGUCCCAAAACCAACACCACCAACAUCACGUGAGCUCCCACAGAUCCAUUCGAAACGACAAUGAGCGCUAUCAGACGAGCGCGAACACUUAUCAGGCAUCGAGACACGACUAUCGCCACUUCGUCUCGCCCAUAUACAACGAUGUAAUGGACGAUAUACAGGAAAACGAGUUCAGCAAGUGCGAGCAAUACGGCGAAAUCAGUAACACCAAGCUGAACCACUUGGCGUACAAGAGUCGUUUCGACAACAAAAGCUUCGCCCAAAAGUUGGUCGAGAGUACGGGCGCCCCCAAAGAGGGCCACGGCUCGCACGACCGUCGCGGCUCAGGAUCCAGUGCCAGCGGCAACCAUAAGCAUAAGCAUUCGAUACAGGAGUUGAUACGCACUUUUAGCAAGAAAGUGGGGCAUUGGCGGCACGAAUCUGGCGAAGGCCGACGUGGCUCGUGCGCCGUGCCGCCUGUCAGCAAAGAGCGGACGAGCGACAACGACGAAUUCCGAUCCCGGUCCAAAUCGCUCGACGGCGAUCACAUGCACAAAGUCUUGAGGAAAUCCGUUUUGGACGAUUGCGGCGCAACGUACCACAUCUUCGACACGAUCGUGAAAGAAGGUGCCUAUUUGCGACGCGCGGCCUCCCAGGAGGCGGGGAAGCGUCGUUCCUCCCUUGGAAAUGUCUCCACGGCCCGUCAUCGCGCCUCGGACGCUUUCCUCGACCCGCACCACGCCGCCAUGCUGUUCCGUGAUUCCAGGGGGUUGCCAGUUGCUGAUCCGUUUCUGGAAAAAGUCAGCCUCUCAGACUUAGGUAAUUUCCGGCGCACCGCGUCGUGCCCGGCCGCAUUAUUUCGGGUCUCCGGGUUUAUAUUUAGUUGCGAGUUGCGCGCGGCGGCGGCGUCGGCGUCGGCGUCGGCGUCGGCGCGCCGCGGCGGGGGCAGUCUGGCCGGCGGCGGUCGCGUGCGCGCGCGCCCGCGGUGUCAAGUUCGCGUCGGGAUGCGCGCCCUCGUGCAUAAU